AGCUGGAUCACCUUGGUGCUAUCGCUGUUCAUCAGAAGUGCCAUAGGCAUUCACAGAAACCCAGACAGGGAGUAUUGCUAAAAAGCAACCCUUCAACAUGCCUGGAACUAUUCGAGUAUCAGGUAUUGAACUUAGGUCCCUACAAACCUUCGGGUGGGUGGGAUGCACAGUUCUGAAAAAAAUGAGUUAAAAAAAAAAAAAAGAAGUAAACCACCUGGUCUCGUUUCUAGACCUGCCCAAAUAAUCUAAUAGGUCAUGGGUAUGGUCAUUACAUUGUGAAUUCUUUCGGUAGAAACACAUAAUCGCAUUGUGAAUUCUUUCGGUAGAAACACAUAAUCGCAUCCAAAUCGAGGGUGAUGGAAUUAGACUGUUUUCCCACUUUCUCGUUGGGUGUGUGCGUGUGUGUGUGUGUGGGGGGGGUUGUUUCCAUGGAAUCAACUAACUCAGUUUCAUAUCAUCCACAAUUAUGAUGGAACACUUCCAGAAUCCUCCGCAAUCCCCCUUCAACCCACUCCAAACCACCUUAAAAUUGCCUUCACACUAAACGUCUCAAGCAGGCGGUGGGCGUAUACGUACGCCGCCAACCAAAUGCAACCAUGCCAGCUCUUAGUCGUGUCCGUCUCGUUGCGGACAUCUGCAAUGUGACUCCCACUGCGACACCUGCCGGAGCCCUCGACGCUGCGCCAGCCCGGCAACCAGGUGAGACAAUGAUGGCCUUCUUGGCCCGCCUGUCCACCUACGUGCAGCACGCACAAGAGGAACAGCAACGCGAAGCUGCAGAUGAAGCUGCACGUCUCAACGCCAUUGCACGCGACGCCGAGCAAUGGCGCCGGCAGCAAGCCGAAGCAGCUGCCAAUCAUAACCAGCUUCGCAGAGAUGCCGCAUCCGUCCUCAUGCAGCAAGAAGCGGCUCAUACCGCAGCACUCCAAGAAUGGACCUUUGUUCCAACGGAGACGCACACGGAACCGACCGCGGAGGAACGGACCAAGGCAGCACUCUCCAACCUCAUGCAUCAACUCCUCCUCACUUGCAACUGGCAACAAGUGGAGUUGACACGGCAGGCACGUAUCAUCAAACAAUACGAGGAGACUCGUAAGAGUUUCCACUCCCGCCUUGAGGAAUUGGAGAAGAACGCCGUGCCGCACAGGCACAUGGCAUCCUCCAGCACCGAUCCAUCGCUCCACGAACUCGAGGGACGUAUGGAUCAUGUGGUGGCACUAAUUGGCAAUCUGAACAGCUUCCAACCGCCUGUGAUCAUCAGCCAACAAAUGGCAGCAGUACAAGCUGACCUGCGUCAGCUGCAGCAGCAACCCACCGGGACCUGCAACAGCCUUAUGCCAAGGCAGUACAAGAUGCCAAAAUUCAGCAUCGAAAAGUUCGAUGACUACCACAAGGCGGACCCCGUGACUUGGUGGCAGGGUUUCACCAAUGAGCUUUCCAUUCACAAAGUCCCGCCAGCAUCGAAGGUCUCCGCUCUUUACCUUCGCAGCACCGGUGCCAUCCAAGUGUGGCUCAACCACUUGGCGCAAACCGAAGGUGUCGAGGUCGCAGCCCUCCACACCAAGUUGACUUGGGAGGCUGUCACCGAGAAAUGGCGGAAGCGCUUCAUCGUCGACGACGCUCAAGGCAAAGGCGCGAACAGGCAAGGCACCCGACGAUUGGCGUGACUCCAUUCGAGUUGCACCACGGU